CUUUGGCGCUCAUACUCGGUCGGCGAACAGCAGAUAACCACGCACAGUAUUCCAGAGCAUAAUGGAUGAUUUCAUAAAGAAUGCUAUACAGUCUGUAUUGCCAUCUCUGAAUGAGGAUUUGCUUAUGGCUGUGGUAGAGCGGUUGAAUGGCCAUGGUGUAGAAACUGAAGAGGACCUUCAAUUUGUGACAGAGGAUGAUGUAAAAGAUCUCCUAAAAACAAUUCAGGCCCAUAAACUAAUAUCUAGUUGGAAGAAGAAUGAUCCAUUUGCUAGUGUAAUGCCGAUCAUUCCCAUUGAUCUACCUUCACUAUCACCAUCCACAUCUUCUGAGAGAUCUUCAUCGGACGAUUCUCAAGCAGUACCUUCAAUAGUAUCACCUAAUAGUUCAUCUAUGAAUUGGCCGGAGGUAAUUGAUAUACCUUUUGAUAAAUUUCCUCAUGGUCUUAAAAAUGCACUAAGAUCGGGGAAUCGGCCAAGCCCGGCAGAAAGAAGACACAUGGUGAGAAUGGUCGUAGAUGUAAUGCGGACAUUUAAACCUAAUCCAAAUAAGGCACAGUGUGCAUCCGUGGCAAAAGCAAUCGUUGCGCAGUAUCCUGACAGUUUUAUUGACAAAACUGAUGAUGGAGAAAAACUUGGAUGUGGAUAUUAUUCACUGUUAAUGCAAAUCAAAACGCGUGUGGAACAUGUUAAUAGAAACAAUGAUGCAGCACGCAUGAGGAAGAAAAAAAAGAACAAUAACAACGAAGUUGCAGCAGCUAAUGAACAACCAGCAGUUGACUCAUAUGGCUGCAUUAACUGGCAGCCAAAUGAAUUGCCUCCAGGUGAAACUGAUGAAACCUUGCAGUUCAAGAAGGGGGAAUUGAUUGACCACUAUGAGCAGUUUGGUCCAACCCAAUCCGACAAUGAAAACAUUGAGCAGCUGAUGAGCGACACUUACAUCUUGCAGCGUAAAAUGCUUAACUCAAGAAAUCCAUCGCCUACCAUUCCUGAAUUCAGAAAGAACUGGCCAUACUUGUUUGUAGAGAGGGGGCUGUUUGUACACUUUCAUAAAUUGACGGGUAUACCAAUACACAUGCGUUUAAGGGAGGCCAUACUAAAGAAAGGAAUGCGGAUAAUUAAAUUUUUUGAAAGUCAACCAAACCCAAAAAGAGGAGUAAGCCUAAUACUUGAACAAUUCCAGUCAGAGGAUUGUGAAAUGGUGGCACCAGCGGUUGUUUUGUUGAUGAUGGCAUAUUUUGGGGAGAAGGAAAGUGCACUAUUCCUUAAAGUAGACGCUCUGGAUACUGAAGAAGAGGUAGAAAACCGUGUUGACCUACCAAAGACACCUCAUUUAAUUGUUAAAGGAGAAUCUAUAUUUACAGCAAAAGAGUGGAUGGUAGUCUUGGAUGGCAAGGUGGCAUAUGUUAUAUCACCUUCAGAGGGCAGUUUGGUAAAGGCUCUUGCAACACUUUUUGCAAGCUACUAUGCGUUUAACUAUGAGUAUCAGGAAGAAGCGGCUACCACAUUGGAGUUUAUACAAAGAUGCUUAAUACGUAUAAAUCCGGAGGCUGGGACGAAAUGCACUACUACAAAUAGGACCAGCAAGAAGACUGGUAGACUUGUACAAAGAAAAAGGGAAAUAAUUAAUCCUCAUGUUGCCACAUUUAUUAAAAACUUAGCAGAUUUUGAAUGGACGUCUGCUUAGGAAUCAAGAUAUGGAUGUCAGUAGAUUUAUAGAAAUAGUUUUAUGUACAUUAGCCUCCAAAUUUUUUUUUCCGCUAAUAUAGAAGACAUGCGAUGGGCUGCUAAUAACUUUUUUUAUUGGGUCUCUGAUCCCCUGAUCCUCAACUUACUUUAAUAAGUGUGGCCUACCAUGGGUGUAUACUGGAUAAUGUCUACCAGUAAGGAAUAUCUUUUAAAGAAGAGUGAAAUUUAUCAUGUCACAUAAGUUUAAAAUAAUAUUUUGUUUUUUAAAUCAUAAUUAAUUUUCAAUUAUUUUAUUGUUUUCUUAUCAAAUGGUUUGGUUCCACUUUCUUAAAAAAAAUAACCUUGGAUAUUAAAACUCUAUAAAUAUAUUGUAAAUUAUAAAGUUUAAUGUACUCCUUUUGUAUAUUCUCUCGGAAAAAUUCACUGAGGGGAGGCUAUUUUUUACUGUGAAGUGUAAAAGGAGUUUUUUAGUUUAUAGAUGGAUUCAAAUUACUGCCUGCCUGAUUUUGUGAAUUGCAUAUGUAUAGAGUUCUCAAUUUUCAUUUUUUUUUUACUGUUUUAUAUGUUGACAAGAGUUUAUGUAUUGUAGCAUCCUCUAAUAAACAUUUAUUACUACAAAGUUAAUCACGUAUUAUUUUCUUUAUUUUUGUAUGUUCAACCUAAAAUUUAGUGAAUAUAAUCAUCAUCCUCUAAAGUGAAAAUACAAUUGAAACAUUU